AUGGAACCGUCCUCACGCCCACAAUCCACGCUGUCAACUGACCCCGAGUCGCUCAUUUUGAAAAAGAAAGACGUGAAGAAGACAAAGACGACGAAGCAGACGAAAAAGACGAAGAAAUCGAAGAAGGACACAAAAGAGACAAAAGAGACAACGUCGAAGCAAAACAAUCCAAACCGGACGUCACAAAAUCACCCACAACAACACACACAACAAACACAACAAACACAACCACCCAAACACAGCCGCCAACAUGUCUCUCGACAGACGCGACGUCCGCACACUACGCUCGCCCUCCUUGCCACCAUCCUCCUCGCGCUGGCCUCCGUCGCUGGCAUUGUCCUGGGCGUCCUGGCCACCGCCGUCCUCCAUCUCCAGGUGCCUGCUGAUGUGCCCAGCCGCAUCGCCGUCUUUGGUGCGUCCAUUGGCGGCGUCGGCCUCGCCGUCGUCCAGGCCAUCGAUCUGUGCUCGCGCUCCCGCCGCCUAAUUUUUGCCUGCCAGCUCACCACCCGCCUGGUCCUCCUUGCUUGGGUCGCCUCUGUCGUGCUGACGAGUCUGGAAGUGGCCCGGACGGUGCGCGACGCCACCGUCUCGUCCACGCUCGCUGCGCAAGCCGUCUACCUGAACCUCAUGCUCAGCAAUGUGGGCUUCCUGUCAACCGCAGUGCUGUCGUUCUGUCUCGAGCGAGCGACCCGGAAAGGCCAACAAAAUGCGCAUGACAGAGACGUCGAGGACGAUGAUGUGGAUGACCUCCUCGACAAAAGCGUCUCCCAACGGGGAUCGCUCUCCGCCGAGACCCAUUCGGACAAGAACGUGGACCCGGCAGACGAAGAGCCCCGACCCAAGAAGCUGCUCUUUUCCUACAAGGCCACGACACAGCUGAUGAACGAUACCCCAGCCAGCCGUCGUGCCUCCAUGGUCUCAGCUGCGGUGGUGCCGCCAGCAGCGCAGCCGGUGGUCCAGCCAACGGUCAGGCCGUCUACGUCGAUCAAGCGCAAGCCCGUGCACCCUGUUGCUCAGCCUGCAGCGUCGGCACACUCGGCCGUUGACCGGCGCAAGAGUGUGAUGCCGCCCGCCAUAUUCUCGGAUCCGUUUGCGGACCCGGUCGAGGAGAAUCCCUUCUUGGACAGCAACCGCGUCGACGCUGGGCUGCCAGAAGCCACGACUGUCACGACUGCCACGACCGCCACGACCGCCGCAACGGCACCGGCUCCUACGCGGCCUCGGCGGCUCUCAAGAAUGUCCACCCACGACCUGCCCAGGCUCAUCACGUCCGUCGAACCAAUUCCAACAGACUCGACCUUUUACCUGUCCUCCAGUGGAAGCAGCAACUACGACAACGACGAGGACAAGGAACAGACGGCAGAGCCGCUGGAAACACCACAAGCAUCCAUCCUGCCCUACUCGCCGGCUGUGAAACGACCGCGUUCCAUCGUACCACCUGUGCCGCAGGUGCCGGUUCCAAAGGUGACGGCCGCUCUCAUGCCGCAAACCCUGCCGCAAACCCUGCGGCGCAAGCCUGUUGGGAGUGCCGGUCCGGCGGCUGCCACGGCACAAGCAGGUCCUAUCAAGAGGAAGCCAGUGCCGUCCAUGCCCGCUGCAAGAGCCACGGCGCCAAAGAUGGAGACUCCAGAACCACUCUCGCCCCUGUCUCAGCCGGCUUCUGCCGAACCUCCCAUUCUCGCACUCCCAGUUGCCCUCCCUGCUACCACAACACAGAUUCCCAUGCACUUCGCCUCGGCCGUGUCGUCGCGCAAGUCGUCCAAUGCCUCGGACAUGUCCGAGUCAGACGCCUCUGUCGCGUCAUCGUACACUAGCCCGUCCCUGGCCGAUAUGGUCGCCUCGUCCUUACGGCGUGGAUCGGUGUCCGUGGCCGUGCCCACGGCCGUGUCCGAGGUGUUUGCGGGUGCAAGCACAACGACGUCCUUGCCAACCCGCUCCGUGGCCUAUGCGCAACCUCGUGUGUUCGACCAGCCUAUUGUCCGUAAGUCGUUUAUUGCGACGACCAACACGACGAUGACGUCGACCACCAACGCCUCCACCACUACCAAUGGAAGUGGAAGCGAGGCUCAUGCACGGAGGCCGUCGCAAGUCUCGAUCAUGGAGACCAUUUACUCGCCGGCCGACGAGCCCGGAAGUGACGAGGACAGCGAGAACAGCGAGAAAACCAAAGGAGGAAUGGCCGACGAAGGCUACGACGCCGACUUGGCGGCCAUGGUCCGGCAAGAGGCCGAAGCGGCUGCUGCGGCGGCUGAUGCCGGAAGGCGGUGGCUUGAGCCGUCGCGGGAUUCGAUGAGAGACUCGAUGCGGAUGGAGCGCACGACGUCCAUGUCCAAGCACCUGUCGAGAAAGCCGUCUCUUUCGCCCGUGGAGGAGCAGGAGCAGGAAGGCGAGGAGAACGGCGUCAAAGUCGACGAGGACAAGGCGGAUGAGGUGAUUGAGGUGGCUGAGGUAGACAAGGGAGACGAGAACAGUGAGGACGAAGAGACAGUCGACGACGAGGACGGCGAGGCGAACCCGUCCGUCCACACCAUUGUCGUCCACGAGCCCGCGGGCUUCACUGCCACCGGCCUGUCACGCACCGCCAGCCGCAUGCGCAAGGCGGCACUACGGGCAGCAGGUCAAACGGCGCAGACGGCGAACACGGUGCAGACGACGCCAUCAGCUGCGAAUCACACAGCCUCCACGUACGUCCCCGCGUACACCCGCCGUCGCCUGUCCACCGCCAACUACAAUUUCUCACGUCCGAUGCGGGCCACAGGCGACAAACGCGUGUCGCUUGUGUCCACCAUGUCCUCCACCACCACGAAGCGAGCCUCCCUCGCCGUCGUUCCCUCUGUGCCCCAGACAUCGCUGCUGGCCAGCCCGCGCUCGCGCGUGCGUCGCCAGCUGCUGCAGAUGCUGCCCGUGCAGCACCGGCCGAUCACACUCGUGAAGCCGAUUUCGUUUGCCAAACCGGUGAAGGCGGUCAAGGUGACAACGCCCCGCAAAGGCCGCCAGUCUCUGUCAGGCCGUCGCCACCGUCGGUCGCUUUCGUUGAACUUGGCGUCGCUCAACACGAGCGACGAUGCGCUGUCGUCGUCCUCGGCGUUGCCGUCGGCAGCGUCUUCCUCGUCGACUUCCACCCUGUCGUCAACCUCCGCCUCCACGUCGCCACGCCACAAAUCGUACCGCAGCACCUCCCUCGCCAAGACAGCCCAGCGUGCCCGCCGCCGCAACCGCGUCCACGGCCGCCACCUGGCCGGCCUGCGGAGCAGCACACUGCGGCCCUCGGCGUCCAUGUCGGCGGCCCAGCGCCAGUCGUCGGGCAGCGACCGUCUCUCGCCGCACACGCCCUACACACCCUAUACGCCGCGCAACCGGCCCAUCUCGCCCAUGACCUUGCUGAUGGGACGGCGGUAG